GAAUCUCCAAUCAGCGAGCGACUCUUCUCAGUUUGAACGCGAAGCGGUUUGUUGUAAUGGUGAUCAGUUCUGUUCAUAUUUGACAUUCAUACAGUUAUUAAUGAUCCCGAGAAGAGCUCUGCAUGUCAAUAACACGCUGUAGAGUAAAGCUCCAAGAUGAAUGCAAGAGGAAGAAAUGGGCCGUUGUUUAUCAAGACGUACAGUAAAAGAAUGCGAAAGGUGGAGCCGUGGUUCUCUCCUGACCUGAAGAAAGCAGCUUUCUCGUUUUCAAGCACACUUUCAUCCGAUCAGUCCAUAACAGAGACCACACAACCCAAGAAACGGAGAAUAAGAGAAAGAGCCUCCCGUCCUGCCAAGAGCAAAGGCAUGACUGCUAUAAAAGAGAACGAGGAAAACUACGCACCAUCCUCAUUGUUCAGAAAGAAGACAAAUGCAAAACCAUCAGUAAGGACUACAGCUGUGAGGAAGACUCGAACGGCUAAAACAAAUAAACAAAUCAUUCUCAGCAGCAGUGAAAAUGAGGAUGACUCCUGUAUGAUAAAGAAUAGAAUUCGUCCGAAAACGUCUGCUGGUGAAUGUGCUGGUGCUGAGAAAGUGUUCGGCGCUCAAUGUUUGCCUAAGUUCGUCACACAUCGCAGAAGACCACCGGCACCCAUCCAAACCAAGCCGAUCUCUGUUGAUGAUUCCUUAGAAGACUUCCUUCCUCAAUUCCCCCAAAACAAACGGAAGCCGCUUCACAUUGGCUCCAAUAAUCACGCUGCUCUCAAGAACCGCGUGGCUCUGGCUGAGGUCUCGUUCAAUGACAGCGAUGACCAGCAGCUCCCAAGUAAACGUCCUCUGCUGUCGAGCACACCUUCUCUGGUCUGCAGACGGCUCCAAACCUUACCAGAGCCCUCCAUCAGUGAGAUCUCCUCCCUCAGCUUUGAUGAACUUCACCAGCCUGCAGAAAACAACUACAGCCUUCAUAAUCUGAAGAAUAUGAAAGCGUGUGACAACAGAAGUCAUCAGCUCACAAACCCAGGCAUAUCCUCCGGAGAGAGAGUGAUGGAGCAGAGGGAUGCAGUUGUGGAAGAGAGAGCUGGGGAUGGAGAGAGGGAUAAAAAAGGAAAUCCUGGAUGCGUUUCAAGACAGUCACAUCUAGAAUCUUUAGCAGAUGAGUUAAAGAAGAGGUGUCGCACUGUGGAUGUAGCCGUAAAUCUAAAAAAAAUAGACGUCUCGGAUCAUCUGUUGGUGCAAAGCUGCGUCAGGGAACGAGAAAAGAAAAUCUCCUCUGAUUGUUUGCAGUCGUCUGUGGCAGCAAACAGCCAAACCUAUAUAACUGUAUCAUCCAGCUGCUCCUCUCUAUCCAAACCAUCACUCUACCUCUCCUCAAAGUCUCCGUCCACUUCCCCUUUUGCUGGAGCUGUUUGUUCAAAGCAGUCUCUUAUUGGGCGUCUUAAGGCUGAAUGUCUGUUAUCUUCCCUCGCUGUCAGCGUUCCCCGUCUGGACUUGGAUGCGUAUCCUUCUGUCCACCAGAGGGCAGCAGAAGCGCCCUGCCACAGGGACAGUGCAUCCUCUCCACCUCUCAAAGAGACGGGGAACGUCAUCCCAACCAGCUCCCAGACUCCCAGAAACCCUGAAGGAGAUGUUCAACACUCGUCUGCAUCAUCCCGACCCCCUCCGGUCUCUCCGUCUGCCUCUGCAGCUUAUAGCAAAACACGUCCUCCUGCUGUGCCUAAAGAACGCACUGGGUCUGGUACUGGCACCGGCCGCAAAGUUUGUGUGAGUGGACUUAAUGUCAGCCGCUGGUCAAAGAGGGGCGCUGGAGAAUUCAAUGAAAAGCGGAGGAAAAAGGACGGACGGAUAAAGACGGUGUCAGGAGACUGGGGCAGCAUGUCUUCUGUAGGGGACUCAGCAUGUGGCUGGCUGCAGGGCACCAGUGGGAUCGGUCUGGCUGUAACGCCUCUCAGGAUGGAGCAAAUGAAUCUGUCUUCCAUUCUGACCAACUUUACUCCCGACACACUCACGACACACUCCUGGGGCCGACUAAAGGCAGCACUGUCCCUGCAUAAGAAGAAGACUGCAUUUGCCACCCCUCGCCGCUUGGUUCAGGCUCAUCUGAAGUCCCCAGGUGCUGUAUUUCCACCUGACCACAGUCUAGACCUGUUUGCUUCCCCUUUCUGUACACCGUCCAGAUUCCCAGCUUCACGCUUGCUCCGCUCCACCAUCAACACCCCCAUGGCUUCGUAUGAUGAAGAUAUCAGUGAUGCAGAAAAAGUGUAUCAGGAAUGCCAUCAGAGCGGCCCACUUUCCUUCAGUGACUGCAUCCCUCCGGCUCGCAUGAAGCUCUGCAGCAAGAUCGGAGAAGGGACGUUUGGAGAGGUCUUCUCCACCAUCAACGAUUCCAACAAGACCGUUGCUCUCAAAAUCAUCCCAGUAGAAGGCAGUCAGCAGGUCAAUGGUGAACAACAGAAAACCUUCGGCGAAAUCCUCCAUGAAAUCAUCAUUUCCAAAGAGCUGAGCUGUCUUAACAUGAAGGAGAUCAACAAGACAGACGGUUUCAUUGGACUCAACAAUCUUCAUUGUGUUCGUGGAUGUUAUCCGGACGCUCUGCUCAAAGCCUGGGACAAGUUUGACCGUCAGAAGGGAUCUGAGAACGACAGACCUGAUUUCUUUGAUGACGAGCAGCUGUUUUUAAUCCUGGAGUUUGAGUUUGGAGGGAGUGAUCUAGAGAACAUGAACGGAAAGCUGUCUUCCCUGGUCCAGGCCAAGAGCGUUCUUCAUCAAGUCACUGCCGCUUUGGCUGUAGCCGAGCAAGCGCUGAGCUUUGAACACAGAGAUCUUCACUGGGGAAACAUCCUGGUGAAGGACGUCAAGCACAAGCACAAUGAGUUCAUCCUAAAUGGAACGGUCCAUUCCAUCGAGACACGGGGGGUUCACGUCAACAUCAUCGACUACUCGCUCUCACGCCUGGAGAUCGAUGGACUGACGGUGUCAUGUGAUAUCUCUAAUGAUGAGGAGCUGUUUAUGGGUCAGGGAGAUUAUCAGUUUGAAAUCUACCGUCUAAUGAAGAAAGAAAACAAUAACUGCUGGUCCACGUAUAAUCCUCAUUCCAACGUGUUGUGGCUACACUAUCUAGCUGAGAAGCUGUUAAACAUGAAAUACAAGAACAAAGGCCAGACCAGCCAGCAGAAGACGCUGAAGAACGCCCUCACAUCUUUCCAGUCGGAGAUUCUUAGUUUUCCUUCGGCUACAGAAGCUCUUAUGAACUGCAGGCUCUUUCAGUGAAUUUUUUUUUAUUUUUAUUAACAUAAACGAUAGACCUGUAUAUUUAGAAUUACCAGUCCAGGGCAAGGAGCGAUAUUCUAAAGUUCUGUAAAAAAAAAAUAUAUAAAAUAAAAUCAUGCCAUUUAUAAAAAAAAAGA